CUACAGAACUUCUCUAUUUUCCCACACCCAAAGGAUUAAAAGUCAGAAGGUCUUUCGUCAGCUCAUUUCCUGGAAUUGGCUAAGGGACACAAGACUUCCAAGCCAUUUAUUUUGUCUGAUUUCGUACUUGAAGGUGCAUCAGACCCAUCUUCCCCGUUGGGCCCACCAUAUUUCCCUUUAUAAGUAGUUGGCUGGGUCAGAAGCAAUUGAGUAGGAAGAAAUCUUCAGUUGGAAUUUGUUGGGUUUGUGCCUUUGAGAGACUGGUGCGAGUUGUGUUUUUGGAUUUUUAGAGUGUUCGCGAACAACUAAAGCCUGCUGUUAGUUUCUUAAAUGGGUUUAUCUCUUUCUUUACUUUUGGCGCCAUGGACACUAAUAUUGAAAAACAAGAUGUUGCGCCGUUCUGUGUAUGACGUUGAAACUGUUAUAGUGAGAUCCCUCAGUUUCAAUAUGAAGGAAGCAGAAACGACCUUGAGAUCAGUUAGUUUCAAGCGAAGAGAUUCAGAAACUACGUCAACGCCCACCGGGCCGGCUAAAAUGGUCAUCAAAGAAUCGUUAAGCUUUAAGAACUGGGAGCCAGAAGAAAUCAACCUUGAAACUAGUGUUUCAUUUAAGAAAGGAGUUGAAGAAAAUGAUAAGUCGGAACCAAUUACGCUCAAAAGUGUAGAAAAUGAUGAUGGUGUGGUCCGUAAAUUGAAGCCUGCAAUUUGUCUCCCCGAAUUAGCUCCACCAAGGCCCGGAAGUGCAUCACCAAGGCUUGCAAUUACUUCGCCAAGGCUUGUACUUACUUCACCAAGGCCCAAGAUUGAGCUUGACGCAGCAGCAGUUACACUACAAAAAGUCUACAAGAGUUACCGGACUCGAAGAUCUCUGGCAGAUUGUGCCGUCGUGGUUGAGGAGCUCUGGUGGAAGGCAUUAGAUUUUGCGGCUCUCAAGCGGAGCUCUGUGUCCUUUUUUGACAUUGAAAAGCCAGAGACUGCUGUCUCGCGUUGGUCACGGGCACGAACAAGGGCUGCCAAGGUUGGGAAGGGUUUGUCUAAGGAUGAGAAGGCUCAAAAGCUAGCAUUGCAACACUGGCUCGAAGCUAUUGACCCACGCCAUCGUUAUGGACACAAUCUGCAUUUCUAUUAUGAUGUCUGGUUUGACAGUUCAAGUUCCCAGCCCUUUUUCUACUGGCUGGAUGUAGGAGAUGGCAAAGAAGUAAAUCUCCCACGGUGUUCCCGGAACGAUCUUCAGCGCCAGUGCAUUAAAUAUCUUGGACCGAAAGAGAGGGAGAAAUAUGAAGUCAUUGUAGAGGACGGGAAGCUCGUCUACAAACAAAAGGGGGAGCCUGUGAACACUGUCGAAGGUUCUAAGUGGAUAUUUGUUCUUAGCACAACCAGAACAUUAUACGUGGGACAGAAGAAGAAAGGUAAUUUUCAACACUCGAGCUUUCUCUCUGGAGGAGCCACGACAGCAGCUGGAAGAUUGGUUGCUGAAAAUGGCAUUCUCAAGGCUAUAUGGCCAUACAGCGGUCACUACCUUCCCACAGAAGAGAAUUUCAAUGAGUUUCUUAGCUUCCUUACGGAGCACGAUGUCGACCUCACCAAUGUAAAGAGGUGUGCAGUGGACGAUGACAGCAGCUACUCAGUCAAGGCUACUGAGGAGGCAGCCAAGCAUCCCACCAUCGCCGAGGUGGUAGACCUAGCUGUGGCCAAGAAGGUGGACGAGUCCGCCUCCAAGGCCACCAAGGAAGAUGCUGCCAAAGACAAUUACAUGCCGCACACGGAAGUGCCGGCAUUCCACCUCGCAAAACCUCUGUCAUGCAAGUGGAGUACUGGAGCAGGGCCCCGUAUCGGCUGCGUUAGGGACUACCCCUCAGAGCUACAAUCCAGGGCACUAGAGCAAGUAAAUCUUUCGCCCAGGGUCACACCCACACCCAUUGGGGCCUCAGGCCCAAUCCCGUCCCCACGGCCUAGUCCGAAAGUCAGGCUCUCCCCAAGGCUUGCAUACAUGGGCAUCCCAAGCCCUAGGGUUUCCCUUACCCUGCCCAAGGGCAAAUAAAUGUAUGUUCCUCCUAUGUCAAUUUACUCAUUGGCAAAAGGGUGGGCCAUGGCUUCUGGUUUGAUUUGAUUGACCGCAGGUUCAACACUUCUUGAUACCCAUGAUCAUGGCUUCAUUUUCACUGAUUUUUUUAAUUUAAUUUUUUUCGGGGCCUUGUUUUUAACUCCUUUAAUUGUUGGAAAUAAUUUUUUCCCAUUUAAUUAUUUUUUAAUUUUAUUCUUUUUGAGGUAGGGGGGAAGAACUAAGUACAGUUCAUGUAAUUCAUCCAUUUUUGUAAGUUGAAUCAUGUAAUGUGAAGAAAUUCCAUCAAAGAAAAGAUGCAAUUGUUUGAUGAA